GCGGCAGCGAGACGAUGUCGGAACCGCCGCGCAGCCCGCCGGGCUCCCUGCCCCUCAGCCGCCUGGCGGAGCCGCUGCUGCGGAGGCUGAGCGAGCUGCUGGACCGCGCGGCGCCCGGCAAGGGCUGGCGGGAGCUGGCGCAGCGCGCGGGGAGCCGCGGCCGCGUCCGGCUGAGCCCCCUGGAUUUAGAACAGUGUUCCCUCAAAGUUCUGGAGCCAGAAGGAAGCCCAAGCUGGAGCCUCUUAAAGCUGCUGGGUGACAGGGGCUGCACGGUAGUGGAGCUGGUGGAAUUCCUGCAGGCCAUGGAGCACACAGAGGCUCUCCAGUGUCUCAGCUAUUCAGGCAUCAAGAUUGUUGUACAGCCAGACUCUCAAUCAGUGCUCUGUGGCCAGGUUGUCAAGCUGAGUUGUUGGGCAACAGGACAUCCAUUUGUACAUUACCAGUGGUUCAAACAGAAAAAAGAGGUUCCCCAUGGUAAUUCUCCAGAACUGGUUCUGAAUCCAGUGAAAGUGAAUGAUGCUGGCUUUUACAUCUGUCGAGUGAACAGCGAAUCUUCAUUUACAUUCAGUCGGUGGGCACGACUGGAAGUUUGUGAUCUCCAGGGUACAGCUCAUGGGGGCUUAAUUGGUUUGCCUGAAAAGAAGCUGUGCAUUUGUAUUCAGCCUCAGCCACAAAACCUGACUGUGGGAGAUGCUUUGGUAUUAGAAUGUGGAGCUGUUGGAAACCCAAUUCCUCAAUACCAGUGGAUCAGAAAUGGACUUCCCCUGGCAAAUGGAAGCAAAAAUGUCUACACGGUAUCUUGUGUGGACAUGCAACAUGGGGGAACAUACUGGUGUCAUGUAUUCAAUAAUGAGGAAGACCAGGACAGCAAGAAGAUAGACGUCACUGUAGGAAGGAAAGCUAUGGCAGUGGAGUGCACAGAAGAAGAGCUAAGUGGUCUUCAAAAAACGGACCUACAGGAACAGUUCAGUGACAGACCUUUUGCAACAGACAAGGUAGCUCUCUUAAUAGGAAAUAUGAGCUACUGGAAUCACCCCCAGCUCAAGGCCCCAAUGGUGGAUGUCUAUGAAUUGACCAAUUUGCUAAGACAGUUGGAUUUCAAAGUUGUUUCUUUGCUGGAUCUUACUGAGUCUGAGAUGCGAAAUGCAGUGGAUGAAUUUUUACUUCUGCUAGACAGAGGAGUAUAUGGUUUGCUGUACUAUGCUGGCCAUGGCUAUGAAAACUAUGGAAACAGUUUCAUGGUUCCUAUUGAUGCUCCAAAUCCCUACCGAUCUGCAAACUGUCUGUGUGUGCAGAACAUCCUCAAACUAAUGCAGGAAAAAGAGACAGGACUCAACGUGUUCCUAUUGGACAUGUGUCGGAAAAGAAAUGAAUAUGAUGAUACAAUUCUCAUCUUAGAUGCUCUGAAGGUUACUGCCAACAUUGUUUUUGGAUAUGCCACGUGCCAAGGAGCAGAAGCUUUUGAAAUUCAGCAGUUGGGAUUGGCCAAUGGAAUUUUCAUGAAGUUCUUGAAGGAGCGUUUGCUGGAAGACAAGAAGAUUACAGUGCUGCUUGAUGAAGUUGCUGAAGAUAUGGGCAAGUGUCACCUUACCAAAGGCAAGCAAGCUUUGGAGAUCCGCAGCAGUUUGUCUGAGAAAAGGGCAUUAUCUGAUCCCAUUCAACAAACCAUAUCUUCUGCAGAGUCCAUGGCAAGGAACCUACAGUGGGCGAAAGCUCAUGAGCUUCCAGAAAGCAUGUAUCUUGAAUUCAAAUGUGGCGUUCAGAUUCAGCUGGGGUUUGCAGCAGAGUUCUCCAAUGUCAUGAUAAUCUACACACGAAUAGUAAAGAAGCCACCUGAGAUAGUUGUUUGCAGAGCCUGUGUUACGGACUUCCCACUUGACCUGGAUGUGGAUCCUAAAGAAGCCAAUAAAGGAACUCCUGAGGAAACUGGAAGCUACUUAGUUUCAAAGGACCUUCCCAAACACUGCCUCUACACCAGGCUAAGUUCUCUGCAAAAGCUUAAGGAACACUUGAUCUUCACUGUUUGCUUGCACUAUGAGUAUCCAGGAAUAGAAGAUACAAUGGAUGAAAGAAAAGAAGUUAAUGUUGGGAAGCCCCUCAUCGCUAAAUUAGGCCUCCAUCAUGGAUUCAGAAAUAACUGUCUCCAGACCUGUUGUGUAGCUAAUAAUCUUUUUCAUAGUCAAGUAGAAUCAAGUCCUUUGGUAACUAAAUACUACUACCCUAGUCGCUGCCAACCAAAUUCCUGCCCAGGGGCUUACCAUCCAAACUGUACUUGCCCAGGCAGCACUGGACAACUAGAGGCAUGUUCUUGCAAUGGGACUUCAAGAAUGUUAGCUUCAAGACAUGAAGUACAGAAUUACUCAUCCCCUACAGAAAAGAGUAAUGUACCAAUAGAGACCACUGAUGAUACUGUUGAACUGGAAUUCCUCCUGUCUGAUAGCCUCAGGUUGUCUAAGCAGCAGUAGCUGUGAUGUCUUCAACAAAGAUACUCUUUUCCGUUCUGAACAGGAGAUCCUUCACACUGCUUACUCAAAUUCUGGAUUUUGGAGAUUUGGGGAUAAAGGGACUGGGGAAUGUAGAGUUAGUACUGGGAAUGAGGCUGUGUCUUGGGUUGGUUCAUAUUGCUCUCAGGGAAAGUUUUCCAGAUCCAAGGAAGCAAAACUGGACUGAUAGAUUUAGGAAUGAAAUGGCAUAAUUUUGGGGUUUUGUCCUACCAUUAAAGAUUUGAAAGGUGGGGAGAAAAAAAUCCAAACUCCUCAGAUUCCUAUUCCAUGAUCCAGCAGUCAAGAAAGUAAAGAACACAGGCAGUCUUGAGUCUCUUAGAGGAAGAUUCCUAUCUAUGGAGGGAGGGAGAAUGCAUAGAAGCCAGGUUGUGGUGCCAAAGUUUCUCUUGAAAGUAAAGCCUUGGAUCUUCCCAGCUGCUGCUUCUCCAGUACCUACUGAAGUUACAAGAUUUACUGUAAGUAAGUGCUUUGUAAAUAAAUACUCAGUUUUUAGAGAGGAAAUGCUUGUUCUCUGCAAACAAGCAAACUAAAAACAUGCCUAGCUGUCAGAGGAAAAAAAUGUUGAUAGACUUAAGCAGGAAAAUUAUUUUCCAUUUUCUCUAUGAUUUAAUGUGAUUUUUAAAAAAUUCAUUAACCCCAAAAUGAUAAAUUAUACCUUCCCCUUCAGUCUCAGUUUUUCAGUAUCCAGAGGCUUCUUUUUACAUACUGCAUUAGAAUAAGGUUUUGUGUUUUAACAUGUUAGGACAACCUCCUGUUGGGUGUAUAAGAUGGCACACAGAGUAAACAAAGGCAGAGCUUUUACAGAAGUGAAAGUGUGGUGUUUUGAUGUUCUGGUGUUAAGGAUCCUUCAAGCUUCAAUUUCUUUUCUUCCUUGUGUAUUUAUUAGGAUCAGUCACUGACAUUUCAGUCGUUUGGAUCUAGCUCAUAGUCAGCUGUUACUGCACUCUGCAUUCUCUCCAGUGUCUCGCAGAAACUGACAGGUGUCAGGCUGUGCAAGGAAAAUGAAACAAGGAUGGAAAGAGGAAUUGAGUAAAUAACAAUUUUUUUUUUGUCUUGGUAUACUAGAUUACAAAUAGUCAGAGGGAGAAAAGGUCACAGGUUCAUACCAUGGUGCAUUGCUCUUAUUGCAGUGCUCUUUCGUGACGCACAAGGUUUUUGCUGAUUGCAUUUCUGCAAGGCUGGUCUUUUCCUGUCUUGGAAGAACACUAAAUGCGAGGUGAAAAAGUGCCUGUUCCUAGCAAGCAAAGUAUUGCAUAGGUAACCAAGCUUCAAAAUGUGCUGAGAUACAAAAAUGAAUGGGUGAGAUGACUGAGAGCUCUGGGGUUCUUCAGGCUGAAGUUCCAGGGGUGGUGUACCUGGACAGAAGCCAUUGCUUUCUUGUGGUGAUUGAAACAAGCAAGCAAAACCCAAACAGCCUACUCAGUUGUUUUCCAGGCCAAAAGAAUUCAUGUUCUUUCAAGUUGAGAGGAUAAAGAAGUCUAACCAAAGAACCUAAGAUGGUGAUUCCAGCAUGCCCAAAUGCAACAAAUAAAGCUCCUUCACAGUCUGUGCAA